AUGCCCCUGGAGGUGCCUUGGCCAUUCCCACGUGCCCCGCGGCUGCCGUGGACCCUGGCCAGCCGCCUGGUCACCGUCCUGGCUGGCACCUACAGCUGCUUCUGGACGAGGCACAUGAACCGGUUGCGGGUCCCUAACAAGGAAGUUCUGUACGAUCUGGUUGAGCGGCGCCCAGCCUGGGCACCCCCCCUCAUCACCGUGUCUAACCACCAAGUCCUGUAUGGAGACCCCCACCUCUGGGGUAUAUUGAUAGCUCGGCAUGUCUGGAACCUGAAGAAGAUGCUGCUGACCCCCCACGGCCGCCGACAUCUGCUUCACCGAGAAUUACACUCGCGCUUCUUCAGCCUGGGCCAGUGCGUCCCCGGUGUGCCGAGAAGGGGAUGGAUUUCAUCCUGGAGAAGCUCAACCUAUGGAGACUGGGUGCACAUCUUCCCCGAGGGCAAGGUGAACAUGAGCCAGGAAUUCAUGCGCUUCAAGUGGGGGAUUGGGCGACUCCUGGCCGAGUGCCGGCAGCACCCCGUCAUCCUGCCCCUUUGGCACGUCGGUCUGAACGAUGUGCUGCCCAAUACUCCCCCAUAUGUGCCCCGUGUCGGCCAGCGGCUCAUGUUGUCAUCGGGAAAACCGUUCACCGUCCGUCCGGUGCUGGAGCGUCUCCAGGCCGAGAACAAGUCGGCGGUGGAGAUGCGCAAGGCACUGACGGAUUUCAUCCAGGGCGAGAUCCAGGCACUGAAGGGCCAGGCCGAGCGGCUGCAUCAGACAUUCCAGUGGCAGAGAUAGCCCGGGGGGAGGGGCACGGCUGGCCUCCCUGCCCCAUAACUCCGCCCAUGCGCAGGCCUCCCUGCUUCACAGCUCUGCCUACCUGUGGACCGGCCCCUCCCAUCUUCCCACACGCUGGCAGGCUGGCCCCUCCCAUCCUGAACCUCUGCC